AUGCCCGUUUCGCUAAACGACCAAAAGGAUGCGCAAGUGCUGCGCCUCAAAUACCACAAGACGACACUCUUCCUUCCGUGUCAGCCGACAACAUCAGUUUCUUCGCUCAAGGCUGACUUCUUGUCGGCUGUCAAGUCCACCAACCAACCAGAGCUGUCCACCCUUCCGCAUUAUUCACAGCCGGACGGCAAGUCCUACGCUUCAUGGAGCCAAAUGGACGCGGAGCAGGACAUUGGCCUCUUCAUUGCUAGCAGUACCGGCACCGACGAAAGCUUGACCAUCUUUAUGCCGCUGGAUCAAGACUCGGCGCAGCAAUCUGAUCUUACAGUGCGCAAGGCAGGCCUCAACGACUCGGACGCUGUCUGCGUUGGAUUCCGUGCCCAAGGUGCCACCUCCAUCUCCCAACCUAUUGUACAGUUCACGGACGUCGAAGAGGAGCAAACCGAGGAUGUCGACCCAGACUCUAUUCCUCCUCCACUAUCUGACUAG